GCCUAGGGGUGGUGUCACGAGCCUUUCCAUACAAGUUCGGUAGACUCUUCAGCCGCUGACAAAACAGUGGGAAGUUAACUCCGACAUUCACUCGCUGAAAGUUUGAGACGACUAACUGAACACGUCCAGCCAUGAAAAAAGACCCGAACAAGCCAAGAGGGAAGACCUCUUCAUAUGCGUACUUUGUUUCGAAAUGUCGCGAAGAACAUAAAAAGAACCAUCCUGGAACCUCCGUGGGCUUCGCGGAGUUCUCCAAAAGAUGUUCAGAGAGAUGGAAGACCAUGUCGGCCAAGGAGAAGGUGAGGUUUGAGGAUAUGGCCAAAACGGAUAAAGUACGCUAUGACCGGGAAAUGAAGACCUACACCCCCCCUAAAGGAACCAAGUUGGGGAAGAAAAAGAAGGAUCCGAACGCCCCCAAGAGGCCACCCUCUGCUUUCUUCGUCUUCUGCGCUGAGCACCGCCCAGCGAUCAAGGGUGAUCAUCCAGGAAUAUCCAUUGGUGACAUUGCCAAGAAGCUAGGGGAACUUUGGUCCAAGCAGAGCCCCAAGGACAAGAUCCCCUUUGAGGCAAAGGCAGCCAAAUUCAAGGAGAAAUAUGAAAAGGAUGUGGCUGCAUACCGCGCUACAAGCGGGCCCACCAAAAGUGAUGCCGGGAAGAAAUCUGGACCUGGCCGGCCAACUGCUAAGAAAGCUGCACAAGUGGAGGAUGACGACGACGACGAUGAUGAUGAUGAUGAGGACGACGAUGAUGACGAUGAUGACGAAGAUGACUAAAUGAUUGAGGGUCUGGGGUAAUUUACAAAACAAGGAUGUGAAACCGGCAAUGUUUUGAAAUUGUUUAUUUUGUAAUGCUCUCAGCUGUUUUUGUUUGGCCUGACUUCAUGUUUUUGUUAGGUUACCAACACUUGAGUAACUUGAUUCAGGGAAAACUUUCUGUUGUUGUUGGAGUUCCCCAAUAGUUUCAAAUCACCCUCUAUUUAAAAGAUGGUUGUUGGUCAGCUAUGCCAUUUGUACUUCGAUGAGGCACAGUUACUGACUUUGGAAGAUACUUUUUUUUUAAGGUGUUGUUCUACAAAAGCACUGCUAAACAUUUAUCUAAUGGUGGUGUGUGUGUUCAUCCUUUCACUGCGGUUUUACUACCAGGUUCCUUCUGUAGUUGACUUUAAAGUGUAUCUUUUUUUUAAUGCGGAGCUUUGCAUUAUGUAGGGUUUUUGUAAUAAAAUUUUGUAUAAACAUUA